AUGCAGAAAACACUCUUUGAUCUUAUGUGGAAGGGCACAAGUAGCGGCACAACCGCCGCCACCGCGACCGCCGCCGCAGGUAGAGAGCGGCAGCUGUCCUCGACUUCGAACGACCAGAACAUCACGCUCCGGACGGACUCCCCGCCUAGAAAGUACGCCAAGACACAGUGUGAGAGCAGUCAUCGCCGCAGUAGCUCCAGAGAACGCGAAAGUGAUAACCUGAAGGGUGCCUCUAGAGAUGACGCGAUUGACCUCGAUGCGAGUGUGUCAGUCCCACUGCCCGGGCCAACACGGCCCCAGCAGGAACAGGACGGUGUCAUUGAGGAGGCGAAGAAUGCCUCCAGAAGCACUACUGCACCUGCUGGCUCUGCUGCCGCUGCCUCCUCCGUCAGCAGUAGCCGUUGGCUUGCCGGCCUCAUCACCAACCCUGAGUGGAGGGACUUCUUGGCUCCCAUUACGGCUGAUUCGUGGCGAAAGGGUGCCUUUAUCCGCAUUGAACGCUUUCUCGAUGAGGAGAAGGAAAAGGGCAGAGUCAUACUGCCGCCCGCCGCGGACAUCUUCAACGCUUUCAACAGCUGUCCGUUUCGAGGUUUGAAGGUGGUCCUGCUCGGCCAGGACCCGUACCACGAUCUUCACCAAGCGCAUGGGCUCUGCUUCUCCGUCUUGCCCGAUGUGCCGCUUCCGCCGAGUCUGCGCAACAUAUACAAGGAGCUCACGACAGACAUUGCGGGUUUCCAGGCACCAAAGCACGGCUACCUGCAGAGCUGGUCGGAGCAGGGGAUGCUGAUGCUCAACGCGACUCUGACCGUUGAGGCUCACAAGGCCAACUCGCACAGCAAAACUAGUGGCUGGGCUGCCUUCACCGACGCCGUCAUUCAGCACCUCUCCCAACACCAUCCCAACCGGCUCGUGUUUCUGCUCUGGGGCGGCUACGCACAGCAGAAAAAGAGGCUCAUAGAUACAAGUCGGCACGUUGUUCUGGAGAAUGUGCACCCGUCACCGCUGAGCGCCAACCGCGGUUGGUUUGGGUGCCGCUGCUUUUCUGCGUGCAACGAGGCGCUGCAGCGCAUGAGCCACCUUCCCAUGUAUUGGCAACUGCCCUUGAAUGCUCCGCUACACUGA